AUGACAGGAAAGAAUUCUUUUACUUAUAUCUUAAUAAAUUAUUUAUUAAUUGAAUUCUUCCUAAUUUUCAUAUCAUCAAAAAGUGUAAUAUUACUAAUAAUAUCAUUGAUAAUUUAUAUUUACUUACUAUUGAAAGAUAAAAAUGAUGAUAAAAAAUUUUCAAUAAAUUAUUAUUCAUCAAUAAUAUUUAUCUUGUUUCAUUAUUUUCUAUUUACACUAUCGUAUGCUGAAAUUCUUCCAUGGGAAACCGCUAUUGUGAUAUUUUUCAUUAUUUUAAUUAUUUAUUAUAACAGAAAAUUAAGUUCAUUAACAAAUAAAUCACUUAUUAAUUGUUUACCUUUUGGAAAAAAGACUGAAGAAUUUGAUUCCAGUAUAAAUGUUUUAGUGAUAAAAUAUAUUCUAACAAAUCUUUGUUUAUAUUUGUAUACAUUGCAUUUAUGUUUAACAACAAUUUGUACACCUGAAAUGUAUUUUAAUUGGUUUCUAAUUAUUAAAAAUUGUCAAUUUACAUAUUCAAAUUUACACUCGAGUUAUACAUUAGCUGGUGGAAUUAUUGUUUCUAUUCCAUGGACAAUUGUUUCAAUAUAUUACUUAAUGCAAUACGGAUUCAGAUAA